GGCUCUUUCGCUCCAGCGCCAGUGGCCCCUCCCCUCCCCGCCUCGUCGCUAUGGAGACUCGUUGCUCGGCAACGCCAGGUGCGUUGUGGGCGGGGCGGAGGCUUGGUCCUCGGGACCGUUUGAUUGGGGCAAAGAGCGGGCGGGCGGAGACGAGGCGCAAUGAGAGCCGGCGUUGGCUAUCGAGCCCGUCCGUGCGACCCGCGAGAGGAGAAAAAGAAAUGCCCCCCUUCCAUGGCGGCCCCUGCCUCAAGGAGCCAGGAGACAAGGGCCACAGAUGAAUCUGCUUCAGGAGUCGAUAAUCAAGUCCAGCCACAGUCAGCAUUAAAAAUCUUGCAACAGCAGCUGGAAUCAUUCCAAGCCCUUCGACAGCAAACACUGCAGAAUGUAAGCACGGUCCAGUCUGAAAUCAGCGAAAUACUUAACAAAAAUAUAAUUGAUAUGAAAAAUUCAGAAUUGACUCCAGACAAUUUAUGCUUGACCAGCACACCUAUCAAUAUUGCUGUGCCAAGAAGAUAUCAAGAAGCAUCACAUUUUAAGAAGCAACUUCAUUUUGAUAACAGGCCUGCUACCAGUCACUGUACGGAAACUGAUUUUAGCACUGUGUUUGGAAACACAAUUGUAGAUGAAAAUAUUUUGUUAAAAUAUAAAGCAAUUGGCAAGUCAGAAAACUAUGCCCAAACAUCUAGAAAUAAGCCUAUUCUGGAUUUAAAUAAUGAUCAUGAAUUGAAGAAUUCUAUGAACAACAUUUCCUCUCCAUCUUUUGUCAGCUUCAAAACAGAUGACAGGACUCAUCUAAGGAAGAACAAAAGUUAUGAUAACGCAAAAGUGUCUAUGGUGCUCCAUAAGUUUGAUGAGGAGGACGAGUGCUUGACAGAGAGUGUGAGCUUUUCUUUCAAGGACAUGCAAGAGGAGAGUAAAAAGGCCCCUAGGUACAUGCUGAACAUUCAGAACACUCCUAGUGUGUGUUGCAAAGACAAUGAUUCUGGUUACCUGUCUGAACAAGAUGUAACAGAAAAAGCAAUUAAUAUACCAAAUGAAGAGUUGAAAUCUAAGAGAAUUUCAGACAUGAAGGAUUCAGUUCACGAGUCUUAUACUGCCAUGGAUUCUUCUAAAGAAAAUAAUAAAAGUGCAGGACAAACAGCAUAUGAGAGAAAGUAUAAUAAAGAACCUCUAACGAAAGACAGUGCUCUGGACAAGCUCCAGUUAAAUUUCUUGUCCAAAGCAGUAGUAAGAGAUAAUUUAUUAUUUCCAGAACCCACAAAAGAUGGACAAGCAGAAAAACAGUAUCAGUUGCUUAUCUCAGAUUAUGAGCUUCGAAAUGGGGCUGCUCUGAAAUUAUGUGAUGUCAACUCUGUGUUAGAUGAUUAUGGUAAAAAAGCUAGGUUAUUACAAAUGCUUGAAAGAGAGUCUGAACAUACUCAGAAAAUGAACCUUGAACAGGAAAAUAUAGAUCUUGGGAACCAAUUGAAACCUCUUACAGACAUUAUACAGUGCCUAACAGAACAAAAUUUAAGAUAUAAAAAGCAAAUUAAGGAUUUGUGUGAUGACAAGAACAACAUUCAAGAGAAGCUAGUUAAGUCAGAGGGAGACUGCAAAGAAUGUCUUAAAGAAGUCAAAAGGCUACUGAAGAAAUGCAAGGAACUUCAACAGCAAAAUGCAACUCUAGAAGAAAAUCAAAAUCAGCUUUAUGCUCAGAAUCAACGUAUCAUAGAAGACAUAAAUGAUUUUCAGGAGAAAGAUCAGAAAGCACAAGAAGAUCUGGCUUUUUUCACAAAAGAAAAAACUGAUCUUACUUUGGCCUUGGGAACCUUGGAAAAACAGGUGUCAACAUUUCAAGAAGAAAAUAAAACACUCGGGGAGGACAUACAUCAGCUUGCAGAUACAAAAGCCUUUCUGGAAAAUGAGCUUGGAGAAAAACAGAAGGAAAUACAGCGACUGAAAGAAAAUGAGAAGACAGUAGCAUCCAAUCUAAAGUCUCUGUUUAAGAAGGUGCAGUUGCUUAAAGAUGAAAAAUUGAACCUAGAGGAGAAGUUGCAAGAGGCACUCAGUACUAAAGAAGUCCUGCAGAAGGAGCUUGUAGAAGCUCAAUCUAGAAGAGCUGAUGCUGAGGAUAAACUUGUGAAUGAAUGCAAAACUGCAAAAAGAGAAAUGGGAGUUUUGAAUUCUAAUUUGUCCAACAUAGAAAGAGAGUGUGUGAGGCUGAGAACAAUGGUAGCAAGCAUUACAGAUGAUAACUGGGUUCUUAAAAAGCAACUCCAUGAAUAUAAGCAGGAGGCCUCAGAAGAUAAAAAUAAAAUAAGACAACUGAGUGAGGACCUCUUACUAAAGGAAAAUAAAAUUCGUUCUGCAGAGAAUGAACGGGAUGUAUUAAACUUUGAAGCACACCGCCUCCAGAAGAAUAAUGCUAAUCUCAGGGACCAAAUUAUUGCUUUGUUCAAUGAGCAGUAUAAGCAAAGGUUCCAUUCUGAAAGCCUAAACGGAAAUGAUCAACCCAAUAACCCCACUGGGAUUUGUGAAGAAAUACCUAGUUACCAGCAUGUUUCUUUUAUACAUAACCCAUCAGGCAAUUCCAGGCAAACUCCAACAAUCACUCCUUCCAAGAAACUGUAAUAAAAAACUCUUUGAAAACAGUUUUUAAACUUUCCUAUCUAAUCAGUAUUAUUUUUUUCUAAAGCUUUUAUUAAAUAUUUGGGAGGAUGGUUAACAGGUAAUGGACAACAAUUAAAGUUACAGUUUUUCUUGUUUUCACAUCACAUUUUGCCUCAUGCUGUGUGGAAUAUAUUUUGGUGGUUAAAUAAGCAAUUACUUAGCCUGAUGAGCUAGGACAGCCUAUAGAACGUUUGCAAUAAUUCCUAGAAAGAGCAUGAGGAAAAGGCAGCACAUUGAGACUCAUUUAUAUAUUAAAAUACAUCAGUUUAAUCUAAUAUAUGGCUAGUAUCCUAUUUUAUCUGAAUUGCUUCUGAGCACAGACUAGAUGAAAUAAUAAAAAACCACUCUGUUUUACAGUAAAUCCUAUUCCAUUGUUGCAAAAUCUGGUAGAAGCAACAACUAAUGGUUGUUUAAAAUGCUUUCACAUUCAGUCCUAUGCAUGUCUACUCAGAAAUAAAUCCAUUGAGUUUCAUGGGAUUUACUUCCUGUUAAGUAAACAUAGGAUUGAAACUUUGUAGCAUAAUCUCAAAAGGUACUACUCUAGCAUAUCACCUUUUUCUUUAAAUGGUAAGAUGUACACAGGGCCCUUCCUUUACGCAGGGGAUCCAUUCCAGAUCCCCCCCCCCGCGUAAGGGAAAUUCCACGUAUGCAGAGUGCGCACCACAGGCGCACACCCCAUUACUUCUUCCAGGGCACACCAGGGCUUUUUCAUAUGCUAAAAGCCCUGUAUGUUGUGCCUGCAUAUGACGCGUGCGCACUGUAUCUACUUCUGCAUCAGUGCAUAAAUAUAUUUUCCCUGAUGUUUUUUUAAACAUAGUCAUAUAUUAUUUCCAUAUGAGCACUGCAGGGACAAUGCUCUGGUUUUAGAGUGGAUGGAGUGGGCAAUUAGGGGAGGCUAGGGAGUCACAUUAGCCCCCUAGGACACCUUGCAGGGGAGUGCACCCCUACCAAACGCACACAAACACCCUCUACAAAAAAACCAUUCCCUAAUGUUUUUACUCCAUUGCCCCCCAAUACCCUCUAGGGCAGUGGUUCUCAACCUUGCUAAUGCUGCGACCCUUUAAUACAGUUCCUCAUGUUGUGGUGAGCCCCAACCAUAACAUUAUUUUCGUUGCUACUUCAUAACUGUAAUUCUACUACUGUUAUGAAUCUGUUUUCCAAUGGUCUUAGGUGAUCCCUGUGAAAGGGUCAUUUGAUCCACAAAAGGGUUGCAACCAACAGGUUGAGAUCCGCUGCUCUAUGGCAUGUCAGGGGCAAUUUUACUACAUUUUGCUAUGUUCUCACAUCUCCCAUUUUAGGCCCACAGGAGGUCUUUUUUGAAAACAGGAAGUAACUUUUGGUUUACUUCCAUUUUUUAUAAAAUGGUCUUCCUGUACCAAAAAUGGCCCACGAAAAGCAAAACAUGGCAAAAAUGACUCCCCCAUCCCCUAAAAGCCAUUUGGGGGCAAAAACUGGGGAGGAGGGGCACAGAAAUAGCCUGGUAGACUCAUGCAGACUAUGGGCUGCACUUUGCCCAUGCCUGCUCUAGGAUCACAAUAUCUGAUACAUUAGGAGCCCAUUCCCACUUGCAGCAUAACCUGGUUUCUGAUUCAACUUUGCUCCAUGUGGGUAAUCGAUUCCAAAAGGUGUCUUGUUCCCACUAUGAAUCAGGAUCUUUUCAUUAUGCCAGUGGAAUCGCCUUUUUAGCAUGAUUUUCAUCCCCAUUAAUUUUCACCGAUUGAAAAUAAAUGUCAAUCAUUGCGGCAGCCCAAGAGGAAAGCAGGGACCCGGUGGGAGGAUGAAGGCUAGGGGAGAAAGAUAGGGGACCCAGAAAGGAAGAGAAGGAGGAUGGGGGACCCAGACAGGCUGGAGAAGGAGGAGGAGGAGAUCGGGGGACCCAGCAGGCUGGAGAUGGGGGACCCAGUGGGAUGAGGAGGACAGGGAACACGGCUUGGUUUUAUUAAAAAAAUUAAGUUAAUUAUUUGCAAGUAGUUGCUAAGCCAUUCUAUCAAUUCAUCUAUUACUUGUAUUAAAAAAAGGGCACCCAUGUCACACCAACAAAUAAAAAGGCAGCACUGGGGUGUGGGUGACAUCUCCAAAAAACUGAGGAAGGGUGGUAAAUACCCCUCUGGCAUUAGUCCCUCCCCUUCAGAAUGAUGUGAUUCUGAUGUGUCAUUCCCACUUAUUAAACAUGCUUCAGAAUCAAUUCUUCUGAAAAGAACCUCUUUUAAACUAGUGCCUGGAAAAACGGGGGUUUUGCCUUUGUCAUGACAGGAACAUUGCGACAGGAACCACUUUCCAAAUGGGAACGAGGUUCAUUUAAACCAAUUGGCGAUUUGCUCCACAUGAUCCUUCCAUAUUUGCGGAUUUGAUAUUUGCGGAUUUGAUUAUUCACGGAUUUCAUUA